AUUCAAUCAAAUAUGAAAAUAGAAGGAAAAACAUUUGUUAUAACUGGUGGGGCAAGUGGAUUAGGUUUAGCAACAACCAAACAUUUAUAUUCAUUGGGUGCAAAUUUAGUAAUUAUCGAUAUGAAUGAAGAAGCAGGAAAUAAUUUAGUUAAACAACUAGGUAGUGAUAGAGCUUCAUUUCAUUGUGUGGAUAUAACAUUGGGAGAACCACUUCAAAAAGCAUUGGAUUCAGCUGUAAAUAAAUUUAAAGAGAUUCAUGGUGCUAUAAAUUGCGCAGGUGUUGCUUCAGCAAUGAGAGUUAUAAAAAGAAAUGGUGAUAUAUUCCCACUAGAAUUAUUUGAAAGAGUUAUGUCAGUAAAUGUUACAGGUACAUUUAAUGUUAUUAGAUUAGUCGCAAGUAUUAUAAAUAAACAAAAAGUUCAAAAAGACAAUGAAGGAAAAGCCAAUGAGAGUGAGGAAAAGGGUGUAUUUGUUAUGACAGCAUCAGUUGCUGCAUUUGAUGGACAACCAGGCCAAGCAGCAUACAGUGCAAGUAAAGGAGGAAUUGUCAGUAUGACACUACCAUUAGCAAGAGAAUUUACACCAUUAAAAUGUAGAAUUAUGACCAUUGCUCCUGGUUUAUUUGCAACACCAUUGGUUACUGGUUUACCAGCACCUGCAGUCAAAUCAAUUGAAGAUUCAAUUCCAUUCCCCUCCAGAUUAGGUAAACCUGAAGAAUUUGCAUUUUUAGUUCAACAUAUUAUUGAAAGUAGUUAUUUAAAUGGUGAAGUCAUUAGAUUGGAUGGUGCACUACGUUUAUCAAAAUUAUAA